GGACCUAUGUAUCAUAAUGGAUUGUACCAUCUUUUCUAUCAGUACAACCCCAAAGGUGCUGUUUGGGGCAAUAUUGUAUGGGCUCAUUCAGUGUCCACAGACUUGAUCAAUUGGAAACCAUUAGAGCCAGCAAUCUACCCAUCAAAGGUGUUCGACAAAUACGGGUGCUGGUCCGGGUCAGCCACAAUCCUCCCGGGCAACAAGCCUAUCAUACUCUACACUGGAAUAAUUGAUUCAAACAACACACAGGUACAAAACUAUGCAGUCCCGGCCAAUUACUCGGAUCCAUAUCUCCGAAAAUGGAUCAAGCCCGAUAACAACCCGUUGGUGGAAGCGGAUCCGGGUGUGAAUAAGACCGCUUUUCGUGACCCCACAACUGCUUGGUUGGGCCGAGAUGGGCAUUGGAGAAUGUUGGUUGGUAGUAGGAGAAAGCAUAGAGGGAUUGCAUAUUUAUAUAGGAGUAGAGACUUCAUGAAUUGGAAAAAAGCCGAACACCCUCUUCAUUCUAAGGCGAAAACUGGAAUGUGGGAAUGCCCAGAUUUCUUCCCUGUGUCAUUGAAAGGUACUAAUGGAUUGGACACUUCAGUCGUGGGGAAUAACAUUAAGCAUGUCCUAAAGGUUAGCCUUGAUCUUACUAGAUAUGAGUAUUACACAUUAGGCACGUAUAACCUCGAAAAAGAUCGAUACAUUCCGGAUAACACAUCUGUUGAUGGAUGGAAAGGAUUGAGAUAUGAUUAUGGCAAUUUCUAUGCUUCAAAGACUUUCUUUGAUAAUGCCAAGAACAGAAGGAUUUUGUGGGGUUGGGCUAAUGAAUCGGACACUGCUAAAGAAGACGUCGCAAAGGGUUGGGCUGGAAUUCAGCUUAUUCCUCGAACGAUUUGGCUCGAUCCUAAUGGGAAACAAUUGCUACAAUGGCCUAUCCAAGAAAUAGAAUCAAUAAGAGGAAAAAAAGUGCAGUUGAGCAAUCAAAAGCUGAAUGUGGGUGAUCAUGUUGAAGUUAAAGGAAUAACUGCAGCACAGGCUGAUGUUGAAGUGACCUUCUCGUUCCAAAGCUUGGACAAAGCUGAGCCAUUUCAUCCCAGCUGGCAUGACAUUGAUGCCCAAGACGUUUGCAAACAGAAGGGUUCAACUGUUCAAGGUGGAGUUGGGCCCUUUGGACUUUUGACACUGGCUUCAAGGAACUUAGAAGAAUACACUCCUGUCUUUUUUAGAGUUUUCAAGGCACAACACAAGCAUAAAGUUCUUAUGUGCUCUGAUGCAACCAGCUCCUCCUUGAAUAAAGGAUUGUACAAACCAUCAUUUGCUGGCUUUGUCGACGUAGAUUUAGCUGAUAAGAAGCUCUCUCUCAGGAGUUUGAUUGAUCAUUCAGUGGUAGAAAGUUUUGGCGCCGGAGGAAAAACAUGUAUAUCAUCUAGGGUUUAUCCCACAUUGGCAAUCUUCGACCAGGCUCAUUUGUAUGCAUUCAACAAUGGCACCGAGAUAGUGACAAUUGAAUCUCUGGAUGCCUGGAUCAUGAGCAAACCUCAGAUGAACUAAGAUGGUGAUGAAAGUUGCGCUAACUUUAUUAGUUUGUUCAUACAUGGUUCAUGUACAUGGUUUGGUACAUGAAUUCAGUUCAAGAGUUUUUUUAAGUUCAAGAAUGGUUUGGUUUUGUACAUGAAUGUAUAUUAGUAAUAUUCAUGUAUGGAUUCUAAGGAUCAUUCAUGAAUCUAUUUGUCUAGGUACAUGAUAGGAGUGUCCUAUAAAUUUUAGAAGUAUUUUGAGUCAUUAGGUGUGUAUCCUUGUAGAG